CUACCUACCAAUCUCACAUUGAUCAUUUGUACUUCUCAUUUUCAUUCUACGUUUUUCAAACUUGCCAAAUGUCUCAUCUUGAUCAUGUUGAAAGCCGCGUUCCGGAUUUCGAGGAAUUAGUAAUGUCAGGCAAAUGGAAAGCUAUUAUUAAUCUUUACAAAAGUGAUAAAAAUUAUCAAACAUUAAAAGUCAAGAAAAGAGGAACAGCAUUACAUGUAGCAGUAAGCAAUGGCGAUUUAGAGGGUGUGAAAUUACUUGUAAAUGUAUUACUAAGUAUGUGGAAAGAUGAUGACAAAAAGCAUCCAUUAAGAAUGCUGAAUGAAAGAGGUUCAACACCUCUUCAUAUUGCAGCAUAUAGAGGAUUCUUAAGGAUGUGUCAAUAUAUAAUUGGAGAAAAUGGUGAAAGGAAGGAUUUGAUUACAAUAAAUAAUGAUGAUGGAGAAACACCACUUUUUUGGGCUGUGGAAGGAAACAGUAAAAAAACUUUUGUUUACCUACAUAAUUUUUUCCCACAUGAGGUAAAUCUUGUUAUGGAUUACAAAGGUACUACCAUCCUCCAUGUUGCCAUUCAAAGGGAAAUGUUCGAUUUGGCAAAUAUAAUAAUGCAUUGCUAUGCUAGUUCUAAAAUUAACUCUAAGAUGAACGAAAAUGGUGUCACUCCUCUUGGAGAACUUGCAACUAGGACAUCAGCCUUCGAGUGUGGAAAUCACCUAUCAUGGUGGGAGAAAAUUUUGUACAAAUGUUUUCCUUUAAAACUCCAGGAUGCAAAAACUGAAUUUGAAUCGCUUCGGGAAAGCGUAAAGAAAGGCCCUUAUUUAUUGAAGACUCGCUGCCACAACAGAUGCUGCACAUGUUGCACAUGUAUCUUAGUCGGUCCUACAGCAGAGUUAGAUGCAGCUCAAAGUGGUGAUAUAUCAAUACAAUUAAGUGAUGUUGAAGAAAUACAAACGGAAGACAAAGUAGAAUCUAUUUUUGAUCAAUUGUUCAAAUGGCCUGUCGUGUCACUAUUGAACUUAGACAAAAUAAAGAUUACAAAGAGGAAGUGCUUAUAUGCUAAUCGGCUCUUGGAUGAACUUAUGGUAAAUUUUAACGAAUCAUAUUGGGGUGGUGGGGAUGAACCACCAGAUGACGAAGAACGUGAUGAGGAAGAAGCAAAAGAUGUGAUGAAGAUCGGAGCAAAAUACCACGAGGGCGCACUGAAAAAAGAGUAUUUACAAUUACAAAAUACCACAGAGGAAAGUACCAGCACAAAGGAAAGUAAUGACACAAUAUGUUUGAUUGCAGCAAGAAAUGACGUAGUGGUAAUAAUGCAAGAGCUUAUAUCUAAACUACCAAUUACAAGUAACAAGAAAAGGGUAUUACUUGAAGCAAUGAUGGAUAUUGAAACAAAAUUAUUAGAAGAGAAAAAUGUCAAAAAAAACUCAACAUAUUUGGUUGCAGCAAAACAUGGAAUAGUGGAAAUUACGAGGAGACUUGAAGAAAAUAUUAUAGGUGUCAUCCAUGAUAGAAACUCUAACGAUGAAAAUGUUUUGCUUUUAGCAGUGAAGUAUAGGCAACCACAAAUUGUUGAGGAGUUGCAUAGUAAGAGUUCAUUCAAAGACAAGAGUAUCUUUACAAGCCUAUGUCAACAAGUGGAUAACAAUGGAAAUACCAUGUUACAUUUGGCAGCAUAUACAUCACUCAACAAAGAAACUACUUGGACGAUAUCUGGUCCUGCCAUGCAAAUGAUGUGUGAUGUCAAGUGGUAUAAGUACAUCCAAAGAACAGUACCACGCCAUUUCAAACAUAGAACCAACAAAGACGAGAAAACCCCAGGUGAAAUCUUUAAGGAGGAACACGAAGAACUUCUACAAAAAAGCACUGACUGGUUAAAAGAUACAGCAGAGUCAUGCUCAGUUGUAGCAGCACUGAUUGCAGGUCUCUCCUUUGCAACAUCAGGCAGUGUCCCUGGAGGCAAUAACGACUCAGGAAAACCAACAUUAGAAGGACAACCUGCAUUUGAAGGAUUCGCUGUAUCUUCGUUAAUCGGACUUUACUCCUCCGGCAUUGCACUCAUCAUGUUCCUUUCUAUACUAACUUCUCGAAAACAAAUCGAAGACUUUGGUAUAAACUUGCCAGCCAAGCUUCUUGCAGGCUUAACUUCUCUCUUCAUAUCCAUUGUUGCCAUGUUUAUUUCUUUCUGUUCUGGACAUUUCUUUGUUCUAACAGAUAAAUAUGCUAAACAUGAUAUCCUGUUCUAUUUAUUUAUUGCCUUUAGCAUUCCUGUCAUAUUCUAUGGAGCUAUGCAACUUCCGUUAUAUAUUGAUCUUCUUAAUAUUAUUUGGAAGAAGUCGCCACCACCAAGUAUUAAGGGUGUUCAUUUGUAAGGGGUGUUUGUUUUAUUGUAUUGCUUUGUGGAUUGACACACAUGAUAACUUUUUUUUUUACUAUGGUUUGUAUUUGAAUAACGUCUCGUGUGUGUUGAAUAUGUUUGGAGUACUACUGAUAUAAAUGUAUUGUGUGAUUAAGUGUUUGUAUAAUAUUAUAAUGUGUGAUGAAAGAUUAUAUGAAUUUUCAAUUGGUUCAACCUA